AUGCGGGGAUUGCCGCUGGCCGAUCCGGAGUUUAGAUUACCACGUAGAGUCGACGUACUUCUUGGAGCCGACGUUUGUGGGUACCUUUUCUUGGAAAAUAAGGUAGGCCCUCCUGGAACUCCGUCGCUAGUCCGCACGCCGUUUGGAUGGUCCCCUUUGGGGCCGGUUUCGACCUCCGACGAUCCAGCUUCAGGGGUGGCUCGGGUGCAACUCAUCCGAGGCCUGGAUGAUCUCCGAAACGACCUGCAAAGAUUUUGGGAGCUUGAGGAGGUCCCUUCGAUGUCGCCGUGGAGCCCUCAAGACACAGCUUGUGAGGAGUAUUUCAAGGAAACGCACUCACGUGAUGAACUAGGACGUUACGUGGUGCGGCUUCCAUUUCUGAAGGCUACACCCGAAGACAUCGGAGUGCCGCGACGUGCCGCUCUUCAACGGUUUAUGGCUGCCGAACGAAGAUGGGAGAAGGACUCCUUUUUGCAAACAUCUUAUGCGGGCUUCAUGGAGGAGUAUCUGAGACUGGGCCACAUGGAACCAGCCUCCAAGUGUGAUGUCGCUAACGCCACUUACCUGCCUCACCAUGCAGUCUGGAAAACCACCGGGUCAGGAAAUAAAAGGAUUCGAGUUGUUUUUGACGGAUCUUAUGUUUCAGGCAACAGACCUUCGCUGAACCAGGCUCUUGCGUCAGGACCACGUCUGCAGUCCGACCUUUGGCUGGUGCUCACUCGGUGGAGGUUCCCGAGAUGCGUAUUUUCUACGGACAUACUAAAGAUGUUCCGUCAGAUAGCCGUUCAUCCUGACGAUCGAGAUUGGCAGCGCAUACUGUGGAGAGACGAAGCUGGAAACGAAGUCCGCGACUUUCGUUUAACCACGGUCACCUACGGGACAACUUCAGCCCCUUACCUUGCUCUACGAGUUCUACAACAGCUGGCAGACGAUGAGGAACAACGAUUUCCUUUGGGCGCAGCCAUCUUACGUCGAAAUUCCUACGUGGACGACCUGUUGGCUGGAGCCGACGAUCCUGCCAAGGCUGAGGAGUCUCGACAGCAGCUAAUCGGCAUCCUCAUGGCGGGCGGGUUCCCUCUUGAUAAGUGGACGCUGAACUACACGUCCCAAGGGGAACCUAGUGAAAGAGAUCACAAAUUCCUGCAGGCGAGCAACGACACGGAGACGCUAGGACUGACUUGGAAUGCGGUGGCAGACACGCUUACCGUUACCUCGGCCAAAUCGGACCAACCGUCAACCAUCCGAACUUGGACGAAACGACUCGUCCUUUCUUACACUGCUCGACUCUUCGAUCCGCUUGGAUGGGCCUCACCAGUACUCAUACGCGCCAAAACACUACUGCAAGAUCUUUGGUUGUCAGGAGCAGAUUGGGACGAACCGCUUUCAGUCCGCCUGGAGGAGUCGUGGCUUCAGUUUCGUCAAGAUCUGGAAGAGGUAAAGACUAUCUCAUUACCACGUUGA